AUGUCGGCACAAGUCCCACGACCUCGUUGGAUUGGCGGCAAGAGUCGUUCAAGCGCUUGGUUUGGCCUCGCUAAGCUGUGCAUGCACGACGAAUACAUGCGAGUCGAAGCCAUUCGGAGGAGCAGACGAGAUCGGGCACGAGCCACAAUACUCGCUGCUGCUGCACCCGAGGCUGUCACUGCCAGUGAAACUGGUGGUGAUCGAGAGGCGGCCGAGGCCGAGGAGGAUAAGGAUGUCGCAGACGGCGAAAGACCACAUGGAGGGGAAGAUCAAGGAAACAUCGAAGAAGUAGAGAAUGAGGCCGCUGCUAACACCGCAAAUGUUGCUGGGGUAAGUGGGGACAUCGACUUAGAAGGCCGCGAAUCUAUUAUCAAUGAUGACCCGGAAAAUGCGGCCGCCUCUCAAGCACAGUCCAAAGCCCAUUCUGUCAAAGCCAGCAUCACGAGAUCUCAUGCUGGUUCAAAUGACACCGCGGGCAAUGGUGAAGCUCAACAGAACGAGCCCUCGCCCCAACCUUCAAAAGCGCCGUCAGCAGGGACCCGAAAUAGCCCAGGAGCUCGUCCCGCCAAUGUUUCACCAGAGACCGCCCAAGAACUGCAACGUGCUCCUUCAACACGCCGUAUGUCAGCGGUGUCCUCACUACGUUCUGGGAGACCUAGAACUACGGUUGGCCAGCAGACUAUCGACGUGGAAGUUCGAAAAGCCUGCCGAAUCUCAUCGCCACGCCCAUCAAGGGUGUGUUCCAACAAAAUGGGGAAUCCUCCUGCCGUCAGUGGACAUCAUAGUACUACCUGCGCUCGGCAAGAGAGUGUGCAUCGCAGCUCACCACUUUUGUCAAGAGCUGCUUCGCCCACUUCUCGCAUCGCAGAAUGGCGUGCACGUACAGUGGAUUCACAAGAUCCGGGGGACGAGACCGCAUUUGGACGCCCUUUUCGACCAGCUUGCCCUUCCGUCCCGGCCAGCAUAUCGCCCUCCACAUCCAGCAGGCUUAGUCAAACAACUACUCUUACUUCUAUCUCGCAAAGGCCACAAGGCCAUACCUCUGCUCCCGUGUCAGCCUGUGUUGAACAAGCCGCAUCGAGCGCUCAGCAAGGUGCUCAGACACCCACGGGGAUCGGGGAUCAAGCAGCAUUGAGACUACAGACCUGGAACUGGGCUGAGUCACAGCGUCACAGCCUGGAAUAUCAUGCCACGCACAGAUAUGAACAGUCUGCUCAACACUCGAUUGCGCCACAUAUGGUGCAACGACAGCACCAGACAUCGACUGGGCCCGGUCUGCACAACGCAAUUAUGCUUCUCAACCUCAACCUCAACUCUACCUCCCAUGUCCCAACCCAUACCAGCAUCGAUGGUCGCCAUCUUACACUCCAAGACAUCCUGGAGGACAGGGUACUCUUGUACUCUAUGGCGGCAGCCACCAUUAUCUAA